AUGGCUAACGGAACAUCUUCUGUCGGCAUGAACCUAGACUCUUGCUCGUCUAACCCACACACAUCAACUCCCGCCACGUCUCCCGAAGACGACGCCAAAAUGCUAAGUCACCGUCUUUCCUCGGCAACGCAGACCGCACAAAGCAAUGUCACCGACCGCCUCCUAUGCGGCGGAUCCUACGACCACGAAGGAAAUAUGAAAGCACGAAUCGACGUCCUUACAAGCCAGAUCGGUACCACUGCGACGACGACCAAUGGCACAGGUUCUUCCUAG